AAGCAGCGCGGCGGGCCGGCUGGGCGGGCGCAGUGCUCCUCCCGGCGGCUUCCCCGGCGCACGGCCUAGCUGCCCGCAGGCAGGCAGGACUCUGGGCGGCCGCCGCGCUCCGGUCGGGCGCCCCCCUCGGCUGUUUCCGGAGGAAGGAGAAGCGCGGCUGCCCCCUCCCCCCUCUCCGCCUUCCUCCCCCUCCCCCUCCUCCUCCUCCUCCUCCUCGCUUGCUCCCUCCCUCCCGGCCCCCCCUCGGCGCGAGCGGAGCGCGGAGUCACCGCGGCGCACAGACGGGCCCGGCGGCGGCGGCACUCGCACACAAUGGCGCUGAAACGCAUCAACAAGGAACUUAGUGACCUAGCCCGUGAUCCUCCAGCACAGUGUUCAGCAGGUCCCGUUGGAGAUGACAUGUUUCAUUGGCAAGCCACAAUUAUGGGACCUAAUGACAGUCCAUAUCAGGGUGGUGUAUUCUUCUUGACAAUUCACUUUCCUACAGACUACCCUUUCAAACCACCUAAGGUUGCAUUUACAACAAGAAUCUAUCAUCCAAAUAUUAACAGUAAUGGCAGCAUUUGUCUUGAUAUUCUAAGAUCACAGUGGUCUCCUGCUUUAACUAUUUCUAAAGUUCUCUUAUCCAUUUGUUCACUGUUAUGUGAUCCAAAUCCAGAUGACCCACUAGUGCCAGAGAUUGCACGUAUCUAUAAAACAGACAGAGACAAGUACAAUAGGUUAGCAAGAGAGUGGACAGAGAAAUACGCUAUGCUGUAGGGUACAACAGAAUAUCUCGGGAAUGGACUCAGAAGUAUGCCAUGUGAUGCUACCUUUAAGUCAGAAUAACCUGCAUUAUAGCUGGAAUAAACUUUAAAUUACUGUUCCUUUUUUGAUUUUCUUAUCCGGCUGCUCCCCUAUCAGACCUCAUCUUUUUUUAUUUUUUUGUUUACCUCCUUCCAUUCAUGCACAUGCUCAUCUGAGAAGACUUUAGUUCUUCCAGCUUUGGACAAUAACUGCUUUUAGAAUCUGUAAAGUAGUUACACAGGAACAAUUGCCCAAGAUUCAGAAUUUUUUUUAAUGGAGCAUGUGUAUUAUGUGGCCAAUGUCUUCAUUCUAACUUGGUUAUGAGAUUAAAAACAAACAUUCCUCACUGCUCUAACAGAUGCUGAAGAUAUCACCUGAAGGGGGGAGGGGAGAUGGAUGUUCAAUUUUCUCCCAUCAAAGAAGUAACAUUGCUGUAGCAACAUCCAUCUUGUUCCAAACCUUCCAGUGUUAGAGAACUGAGGUUUUAUUAUAUACUUUUGCUCAUAACUGGUGUGUCUGGAGAAUUGGUACUGAAUCUAUAGCAUCAGCAGAACAGAAAAUGUGAUGUAUCUUAUGCAUGUCAAUAAAGGAAUGACCAGUUCUUGUUUUACAGAGAAUGGAAAUUGGAAGUCAAACAUCCCUUGUAUUCCAAAAUAGGGUCUAAGAACAUUUUUGUAAUUCAUUUAAAUUUUGUUAGGAGGCUUGGAGCUAUUAGUUAAUCUGUCUUCCAAAACACUGUUUAAUAUAGCACUGAAUAAAUGAUGCAAGUUGUCAAUGGAUGAGUGAUCAACUAAUAGCUCUACUAGUAAUUGAUUUAUUUUCUUCAAUAAAGUUGCAUAAACCAAUGAGUUAGCUGCCUGGAUUAAUCAAUAUGGGAAACAAAAUCUUUUGUAAAAGCAAAGCUGGUUUUUGUAUAUACUGUUGGGAUUUGCCUCAUUGUUUAACAUCAAAUAAUGAUGUAAAGUUCAAUAGAGUGAAUCUUUUGCCAUUUUCAGUUAUAAUGCUCAGUCUGUUGCAGGUUGACACAUUGUUCGGCCUGAUGUAUGCAGAAUUAAUAAGCUAACAUAGUAGUGUAGCCUUAGUAGUGUGCUACACUUGGUGCUGGGAGCUCAGCGUUCAAGGAUGGACUUGGGACCCAGCAGAUCUGAAGUGGUGUAUUGUGGAGAUACUUCCUGAUGCACCUGUGUUUGCUGACUGAGAACCUUUUUCUUCACCUUGUACACUUGACAGCUGAAAGAUCUUAAUGUGGGAGUAAUGAUGAGGCAAAAAAAUAUAAAAUAAAGUACUGUUUUGAUGUGGGAAUUGUCAUGAGGCUGUGUUGAAGUGACUUUACUAUGUGGGAUGUUCGUUACCAUUGAAAAGGACUUGUUCAGCCAUGCUGCCAUUUACAUUGAUGACUAUUUUAAUGCAACAGACACUUUCCUCAUGUCAGGUGACUAAACGUGAAUAAAGACUCAUUGCUAUUGGA